AUGGAAGGCCUGCAUAUCGCUGCCUGCUUCGUCUCCUUCAUAAGCCUCUUGCUGCUCAUCAUUGCCUUGGCUUCAGACUACUGGGUAGUGGGUUCAGACAGGAGUCACACAGGAUUGUGGCAAAUGUGCAAAGCUAACAUUUGUUUAUCAUAUGGGAUGCAAGUGCAAGCUUAUAUCCAUGCCACCCGAGCCUUCCUGUUCAUGGGGAUGGUUGCCGGCGCUGUUUCAUUCUUUGGUCUUUAUGCCUUGUUUUCCCACACCCACGUUGGCUCCAUUUCCAUAUAUAUUGUUGCCAUGUCGGCCAGCUGUGUGGCAGGUUUUUGCUCCGUGAUUGCCAUGUCCACAUUCACAGGAGCGUACUAUCACCAAGACUCAAUCUUCGGGACAUGGUUUGGAUGGUCCUUUGGUAUUGGCUGGGCCUCGUUCCCUCUGUUUCUUCUAACUGCUGGGCUCGCAUUGAGAUAGCAUCGGGUGCUAAACUGGCAGUGCUGAGUUCAGAUCCAGGGAACCCAUCCUGGAAGAAACGAAAAAGGCAGCACCUGGACUUUUAAAGGAAAGAAAAAAAUGAAUUUCUCCCCUUCAAGUUGCCCACUUUUGUAUGAAGAAAUUAUUAUUAUUUUUGAUAACCAACACUGUCCUUCCUUUGUCCAGAUUUUCACAUUUUCUCUGUCCAAAAUGUGUACUUGAAAAACAACAACGUAUACCCAAUUAUUUUAAGAGGUGUGUGUUGUGAGAUUUUUUGGAUGUGUGGGUGUGUGUUUAACCCUGUCACCCACACUUCCC